AGGAUUUGACAAACAAAAAGUCUAAAUACGAUUUUAGCUUCCACAUCUUUCUUUUCAACAAAAGCACUCUUCAUCAAGGUCUUCUCUCAGAAAGCUCAAAUGGAAAACUCAGCACUAAGCAAUGUCGUGAGGCGAACAGUAAUCUCUAAUCAACAGAGAACAAUACAAGAGGGUCUAGAAGAGAGUAGUUGGGAUAUGUACGUUGAAACCGAAGAUGGUAUCAGCCACUAUGAAGAUUCCUCUAUGAUCUCAGACGCUGCGUCUCCUAUAGUCUAUGUCGAAGAAGACACAGACACGGCUUCAUCUCCUUCUAAGAGAACCAAGGGUUGCAGCGAAAUGGAGAAUAAUUCGAUAGAAGGAAAAACCGUGAACAAUUCUAAAACUAAGGAGAAAGGGAUAAUGAAUGAGGAAUAUUGCGCAGAACUGAAGAAGAGAGGACUUUGCUUAGUUCCUUUGUCGAUGUUGUCCAACUACAUUGGUUGAUACUAGCUAAUUCGAUUGUUUUUAACGUAAUCGUUAUUCUUUCAUUGUGAUUAAUUUUUUUUUAUCCGUAAAAUCUGUAGAAGACUACUAAUUAAAUUUAGCACAAGUCGAAUAAUGAUGGGUGAGUAUUUGUAUGUUUUAAGUUGUGCAAGCAAGAGUGCAUAUUUGUAAAAAAAUGUCGGAAACAUGUGUAAUGCAAAGUUAACAUGUUUCCAUGUGUAAUAAAAAG